AUGUCUCGCAAUGAUUUCAAUUUCAUUCUCAAUUCUAUCAAAGACAAAAUAUCCAAAAAAGAUACGGUUUUCCGAAAAGCAGUCUCCCCUGAAGAAAGAUUGGCUGUAACUUUAAGAUUUCUUGCAACAGGUGAUUCCUUCACUAGUUUGCAAUAUCUAUUCAAAAUAUCGAAACAAUUGAUAUCGGAAAUAAUCCCAGACGUGUGCCGAGCAAUAAUCGAUUGUCUUAAAGAUCACGUAAAGAUGCCGUCAACUUGUAAUGAAUGGAAAAGCAUUGCUGAUGCAUUUAAUGAGACAUGGAAUUUCCCAAAUUGUAUUGGAGCCGUUGACGGAAAGCACGUCAUUUUACAAGCUCCAAUAAAUAGUGGAAGCGAAUUCUUCAACUAUAAAUCCCAAUUCAGCAUUGUUUUAAUGGCGGUAGCAGAUGCUGAUUACAAUUUUAUAUUCGUUAAUAUUGGCGCUCAAGGACGGAUUUCAGACGGAGGUGUCUUCAAAAAUUCUUUAAUUGGGAGAAAAAUGGAAGUUCCCUACGUCUUAUUGGGAGAUGCAGCCUUUCCUCUUAAUGAGCAUAUAAUGAAACCCUACUCAGGCAUUCAUCCAGUAGGAUCUCCAAAACGAAUCUUCAAUUACCGUUUAUCAAGGGCACGUCGCGUAGUAGAAAAUGCCUUUGGCAUUGCAGCUAGUGUGUUCAGAGUUUUGCGAAAACCAAUGUUGUUACAACCAGAAAAAGCGGAACUGGUUGUAAUGACAGUGGUAACUUUACAUAAUUUUUUACGCAGAAGUAACACUUCAAGAAAUCUCUAUACACCUACUGGAUCUGUAGAUUAUGUUCAGAAUGGAGAAAUAAUAUCUGGAUACUGGCGAAAUGAUCAGCAAGAAAUGGCAUCUCUUUUACCAUUACAAAAUAUACCUCGAAGAACAAAACUAAUCGCGCAAGAAAUACGAGAAGAGUUCACGGAAUAUUUUUGUACUUGUGGUAGUGUACCGUGGCAAAAUUAUUACAAUUGA